AUGUCGGAUACUCCUUAGAUUAAUAUCAUAGCCAAUGAUUGUGUGAGCAUAAAUCAAAUGAAGAGAGAGAAAUUCAGAAUGGACAUUAGGAAAAAUAAAUUAGAAAGUCUCUUCAGAUAAAAUAGAGGAAUCCAUAGGUUAGGGGAUUCAAAACUUCCUUCCAAUUUAAAUAUCCUAGAUUCAUUAUAAGAGUUCUUAAAAUCAGAUGCUCUUGAAACUUUGAAUCAAUUUUGUAAUCUGAUUGAUUCUAAAGAUUUGUUUGAAGCAUACUAUGAAGUCUCUUAAUUCAUCAUUGACAUUAAAUAUUAUCUCAUUUAGCCAUUGAAUCAUCAAUCACAUUUCAAUAAGAUGUUAUAACUAUUGAAAAACUGCAUAAUAGUCAACCCCAAAAUUGUUAAAACUAUUCUAUCAGAUGAGAAGGAUAAAAUCGACCUAGCCUUGCUGUUCUAAUUAAUGAAAAUUUUAUAAUCUACAGAAUGGAAAUCCUUGCAUGUAGAUGCUCUUAAUACUUUAAAUUUAUUAAUAGAACAAGAAAGUUAACUUUUAGAUAUAAUACAAUAGGAAAAAUUAUUAUUAGAAUAAAUUGUUUAUUAAGCAUUUGAUUUGCCUUCAGAUGACUAUUUAUUGGCGCUUACCGAAUUUUUAUCCUUAUAUUUGUAGUCAAAAAGAGAACUCAAAUUUUAAGAUUAAUUUAACGUAACUUAGGAUAUACUCAAUAGGGCCAUUCAAACAAAAGACCUAUAAAUUAUAUAUGGAUCGGUUCUUUUAGCUAAUUGUUUAAGUGAAUAAGAAUUCACAUUUUUUUAGUAAAUAUAUGCUAUUUCUGAUAUUAUCGUUGAAUAUCUAGAGUAGGAUCUUUCGCAAUUUGAGUAUAUUGUCAUUUUUAAGACACUUAGGAUUUGUAUUAAAAAAAUGUCUGAAUUGCUAUUUCCUCUGAUUGGCAAAAAUAAUAUAAUUGAAGUCCUUUAUAAUUUGGCGUUCAAAUUAGAAAAAUAAGCCGGAAAAGACCUGUUAAAAUUGAUUUCAUGCUAUUACAAGACUUAUACCAAUUUGCAUUGUUUAAUCGAAGAUCAAAUAUUAUAUAAAUAUGUUUAGAAAAGCUUGAUGGAAUAUCUAGAUAAAUUUGUUGAUUUUUAUGCUCAGUCAAACUUUGCAUUUCUAUAUAAAAUAAAGGUUUUAGACAAACUUAUCAAUUGUCAAAAGCAUAUCCAAUUUAGACUAUAAGAAUAACAAUAAUUUAACCCUGAACCUUAUAUAAAAUUCUUUGGAGUGGUGGAGUAGGCUUUGGACUAAGUUAAUAUCAAGGUGGAAUAAAUUUUAUAUCUGAUAGAGGCUCUCUCAAAUGUAUUACAAAUAGAAGAUAUGCACUACUAAACAGAAGUACUUAAAUUGAUUCCAAAUUAAUUAUACGAUUAAUUAAAUAAUUUAAGCAUGCAUGAGAAUGAAAGAGUGUCCUAAGAAACUACUAAUUUAAUAGUUUUAUUGCAAUUUUGUUGA